CAAAGCAACGAGGGGAAGGAUAAGCUCUUCCACAGACGGGGGUGGUUAGACACGGGGGGGUAUUUCCUUGGAUAUGAAAUAUUUUUUAUAUUUACAAACUCCGAGCUUUCCACGCAGCUGUUAGACGGGCGACUGUCGUUCGCGUACUCUGGUAGCAAGCGUUUUGCCGUCAUAGAUAGCCAUCCUCGCCUGGGCAUGCUAUAGCUAUCGGUAGCGGCAGUAGCGCAAUAGUAAAGCUAGCAAACGGAUCUGACAGGAAUCUGAUCUCACCUCCUCGGGUGUAAACAUGCCUAUUAUACUGACAACUCAGGCGUACUGCAAAAUGCUUUUACAUGCUGCAAAAUAUCCUCAUUGCUCUGUGAAUGGAUUGCUGGUUGCAGAGAAGGCGAAAGAGAAAAAGAAAGACGGCCCCUCUGCCCCAGUGCUGUGUGUUGACUGUGUUCCGCUAUUCCACGGUACACUUGCUCUGGCACCGAUGCUAGAGGUAGCCCUAACACUGAUUGAUACUUGGUGCAAAGAGAAUAAAUAUGUCAUUGCUGGGUAUUAUCAAGCCAAUGAACGCACAAAGGACUUCAGACCCAACCAGGUUGCAGAAAAAGUUGCUGCCAGAAUUUCAGAAAACUUCAGUGAAGCUGCGAUUGUGAUGGUGGACAACAAUAGAUUGACAGUGAGCUGUUUAGAACCAAUUGUGCUCAUCUACGACCAUCAUGAAAACAAGUGGAAAAGCAGAGAUGUCAAUUCUGACUGUUUUGAGGACUGGUAUGAGGCACAGAAGAUUACGUCGGCUCUGCUAGAAGGCAGGUCCUACGAGAACUUGAUUGACUUUGACAAUCACCUUGAUGACCUGAGGAAUGACUGGACCAACCCUGUGAUCAACAAGUCUGUUUUGGAUCUGUGCUAAGACUCUGUCUGAACUGUCCUGGACACAGACAAAGAUACAGCUGCCAAUACAACAUGCAUGAUGUGACCCUAUGUGUGGUACAGGGAUACAAAGUGCUUAAUGCGAAGUCUUUGUUCCAGUCUUGAUAAACCACAUUUAGGACAACUUCUGGGGCACCGACCUUUUAGGCCAAGAUCUCUUAAGGGCAAGCACGAUACAUGCACUGAUGACAUGUGUUUACUUCCUCAGUGGGGGACACUGAAGGGAUUUAGGCAAUUUGUCUCAGAAUGACACUAUUUUAAAUUCCUUGUUUUCUGCAAUGGUUUGUUUAUAGUUGUGUGUGUAACUUUUAAUUUCAGAGAUUUUAAUUAAACAUGUCUUUUCAGGGUUACUAGCCAUAUUGAGAUAUAAUUAUGAUAAAUUAUUGAAUUUGAGAUAAUUUUGCUACUGACUUAUGAGUAGCAUAAUAUAUUUGCUUCCCUUUUUUAGGUUUUGUUUGUUCCUGUCAAAGGAAUCAAAAUUUACAUACAUUAGCCCUACAGCCUUUGAUGGUGUGCUUAGUAUUUAUGAGCAUUAGUAGUUCAACCCCACAACUUAGAUUUUUAAAAAAGGCGACGCUUCUGAUUCUAUGACAUCACAAAUCCUCUCGGGCUUAAUUGGCAAUGAAUAAACGGUUGACUCACUCAAAGUUUUAUAUUUUAUAUUCAACUGACCUUAAUUUUUGUAUGUAUAGUUAUACGGAGUUAGAAUUCCAUAUGGUAAUCUUCUAAUUAGUACAGCCUUAGAAGCUCUCGUUAAUAUCAAACAAUUGGUUGUCUUAUUUUUAGCUUUGGGAGAGACUUGUUUAUGUUCACAAAUCUAGAUCAAGUUGUCCAAAAACAAAGACAUGAAUUCUGUUUUACGAAGGAAGCUUACUUUAGGAAUAAUCAGUGUGUAUUUAUGAUUAACUGACCUGAGCUAAGUCUUGCCAUCCAGUAAGUUAUGAUUUAAGAUGCUUUAUAUAAUGAUACUUAAAUAACUUUGUAUUUGAAAUUAGAUUUAAGAUAAUUACUGUGCAAUAUAUGAGACCAUAUAUUUGUUUUGUUUUUGUUUGUUUUGUUUUUUUACAAAAAUUGUAUGAAUAGAAUGUACAAUUAAAACAACUUUU